UUCGUUUAGGCUUAGACGGAUCGAUCCCCGGCUCUGACACAGCUCCAGCAUUGUUCUUUCGUUUCUCUGUGAUUUCGUCGGAGGCGAAAACAAGCAUUGGAUUUUUCUCUCGCCGGCGUCUCUUUCCGCGUCUCGUGGAAUUUGUUUUCCGAUAUCAGGAUUUUUGUUCUUGCGUUGCGAUUUCUGUUUCCGGUGUUGUCUGAUAGUUUCGCGGACGGGGAGUUUCUGGAAUGAAUUGAAUUCUCCGAGUUUUUGUUUUUGUUUGUUUUUUGAUUCGUUGGUUGAAAUUAGGGUUUAUACGUUGUUUUGGGUCGUGUUGUGCGGUGGGUAUUUGUGUGGCGUCGGUGGGUAUGAAGCGGAGUUGAAUGGUGGGUGGAGGAAUUCUUCGACAUUGGCCGGCGUUCGUUUCUUUUUCGUGGGAGGAGAUAAUUAGGGCUUCGCAUUGUUUUUCGCUGGGAAAUUGGGUUCUAAUAUUCGCACCAAGAUGAUCAUCAAACGUACUAUGAAAUUCGAAACGCCGAAUCUCAAACGUUGCAAGCUUGAGGAGCCUGAUUCUGCGGAUUACAUGUAUUCGGUGAAUUCUAAGAAACGGCGGACGGAUGGGUAUUAUUCGUAUGCCCUCCAGCGCGAGGUUGAGGAUUUUAGUAGUGGUUCGGGUUCUUGGUACAGCGAUGGAUUCUAUUGGGCGGAAGAAUUCGAGCGAAAUUCGAAGAAACUGAAUGGGCAGCGAGUAACGAACCGCAGCGUGGACAAAUUACGACCCCCGCUGUUGAAGUCAUCGCGAGGCAGAAUUCAGAUGCUGCCUUCCAGGUUCAGUGACUCGGUUCUUCAUGUGUGGAAGAACGAAGAAUCGAAGGUCGAUUCUAUGGAUUCCAGCAAUGAAGAAAACUACGACGAAGAAGAAGAAGAAGAAGAAGACGGUGUCGUAGCAGAACCCAGGAAGGGAACUAAGGGAUUUGCAUCAUCGAAGCAACAGCGAUGGAAAGAUAAUUACAGGUUGAAGAAUUCGGAGUGUGACUCAUCGUGUAAAAGCGAGGAGGAGAAAGAAGAUGCUUUUAUGGGGUUCUCUAAUUUGAACGGUACAAGGUAUUUCAGCUCAAAAACUGUUCUGCCAUUGGUAGACGUAGAGGAGGAGAAACCCACAAGGCUAACUUAUAUGGGUGCGAAGGCAAACUCAAAUACUGAAAGGAGAAGGGACAUUUACAAGCCAGAGGAAUUUGCUUUGGGAGAUUUAGUUUGGGCCAAGUGUGGGAAAAAGUACCCAGCUUGGCCAGCGGUUGUUAUCGAUCCCUUCUUGCAGGCUCCCGAAUCUGUUCUAAAAUCUUGCGUCGCGGGUGCUAUAUGUGUUAUGUUUUUCGGAUACUCAAAAAAUGGAACGCAGAGGGACUAUGCAUGGGUGAAACAAGGGAUGAUAUACCCCUUUGCGGAGUUCUUGGAUAGAUUCAAGGGGCAGAAACAGUUGCACAAGAGCAAACCAAGUGAUUUCCAGAUGGCUAUCGAGGAGGCCUUAUUAGCAGAAGAUGGUUAUGUGGAUGCUAGCGUGGGCAGUAUGUUAAUGGCUCUUCGAGAAGCAGAUGUCAGUGGGAUGCCUGACGCUUCGACUUCAAACCAGGAUCUGGACUACUAUUCCGACAAGAAAUUAGGCAAUAAAGGUUCUAGACAUUGUGAUGGAUGUGGCUUGAUAUCGGUUUGUAAGACACUUAAGAAAGUGAAGGGCCCAACUUCUGGCUCACAACUUCUAUGCAAACAUUGCUAUAAGUUAAGAAAAUCGAAGCAAUAUUGUGGCAUAUGCAAGAAAAUCUGGCACCAUUCUGAUGGUGGAAAUUGGGUAUGCUGUGAUGGUUGUAAUGUAUGGGUGCAUGCUGAGUGCGACAAAAUUUCUGGCAAGCUAUUUAAGGAUUUGGCACACAGCGAAUAUUAUUGCCCCGAUUGCAAGGUCAAAUUCAAUCUUGAAACAUUGCACGUUGAAAAUAGUCAACCAAAAGCCAAUUCCACGGACAAAGGUGCGGUGGCUUCUAUUCCAGAUAAGAUAAUAGUGGUGUGCAACGGCAUGGAAGGAGCUUACAUUCCUGAUUUACAUUUAGUUGUCUGUAAAUGCGGUUCUUGUGGGCCAAGAAAACAAAGACUUAGUGAAUGGGAAAAGCACACUGGUUGCAGAGCAAAGAAAUGGAAGUAUAGUGUUAAAGUGAAGGCUACAAUGUUACCUCUGGAACAAUGGAUUCAAGAGUUCAACACGAAUGGUAUGGAUUCCUUGAAGUCUUUAAAGUUGGAUAACCAGCAGCUAAGCACAUUCUUAAGUGAGAAUUACGAGCCUGUUUAUGCAAAAUGGACGACAGAAAAGUGUGCUAUUUGUAGAUGGGUUGAAGAUUGGGAAGAAAACAAAAUUAUCAUCUGUAACAGGUGCCAAGUUGCUGUCCACCAAGAAUGCUAUGGGGCGAAAGAUAUUCAAGAUUUUACAUCAUGGGUUUGUAGGGCUUGUGAAACACCAGAUGCCAACAGAGAGUGUUGCCUAUGUCCUGUGAAGGGAGGUGCUUUAAAGCCUACUGAGGUUGAUGGACACUGGGUUCAUGUCAUGUGUGCUUGGUUUCGUCCUGAAGUUGUUUUCUUGAAUCAUGAGAAAAUGGAACCUGCUGUUGGCAUCUUUAGAAUUCCGUCUAAUUCUUUUUUGAAGAGAUGUGUAAUCUGCAAGCAAAGUCAUGGUUCCUGCACUCAGUGCUGCAAGUGUGCAACUUAUUUUCAUACAACGUGUGCUUCGAGAGCAGGAUACUACAUGGAGUUGCAGUGCUCAGAGGAGAGAGGGAAACAAAUUACUAGAAAACUGAUAUAUUGUGCUAUCCAUAGGACACCAAACCCUGAUGCUGCUCUAGUGGUGCGUAGUCCUUCUGGGGUUUUUGCAGGCAGAAAUUUGCUUCAAAAGCAGAAGGGAUGUUACAGGGGAUCAAGGCUAGUUACAUCAAAGAUAGAAGAACAGUCAAAGUCUUCAGCCUCUGAAACUAAUGAUUUCGAACCGUAUUCUGCAGCAAGAUGUCGUGUCUAUGUUAGAUCAACUGAGAAGAGGGUUGAAGGGCAACCAAUAUUCCAUCGAAUUAUGGGGCCGAGCCAUCAUCCAUUAGACGAGAUCAUUAGCUUGAGUGCACCCAGAGAAGGAGAAGACCCCAAAAUGUUUUCUUCAUUCAAGGAACGACUUCAAUACUUACAGAGAACUGAAAAGUACCGGGUUUGUUUCGGUAAAUCUGGAAUUCAUGGAUGGGGCCUCUUUGCUCGUAGGAAUGUGCAGGAGGGAGAAAUGGUUGUUGAGUACCGUGGUGAGCAGGUGCGGCGCAGCGUAGCGGAUUUGAGGGAGGCUCGGUACCAACUAGAAGGAAAAGAUUGCUAUCUUUUCAAGAUCAGCGAGGAAGUAGUCAUUGAUGCCACGGAUAAAGGAAAUAUAGCACGCUUGAUAAACCAUUCGUGCAUGCCGAACUGCUAUGCAAGGAUAAUGAGCGUUGGUGACAAUGAAAGCCGAAUAGUUCUCAUUGCCAAGACCAACGUAGCUGCUGGAGAAGAACUAACGUACGAUUACUUGUUCGAUCCGGACGAGCCCGACGAACUCAAAGUCCCUUGCCAUUGUAAAGCACCCAAUUGCAGGAAAUUCAUGAACUAACUCGACUCGACUCAACUUGACUCCAACUCAAACUCCCAACUCUAAUUCUUUUGCUACGUCUCCUCCUCUGCAACCUCUACUGGAGAGCGGGAGCGAGAGCCGAGCAGCUAUAAUUUUUUUUCUCCCUUGAAAAGAAAAGGAAAGAAAUUUAGAGGCAGUUGUUUCGGUAUAUUCAUUCCCCUAUCCUUCAUUUGUAUAGCAAUUAGUAUAGUUGUAGGUGGAAUAAAAGUGUAAAAAUGCAAUCCACGGCUCUUGGAUAUUACGCAAAUGCCAAGGCUUUUGAGGCAAAUUUUUAUUCUUUCUUUUUUUUUUCUUCCUUAAAUAAUGUUUAUUAUCCAAUUUUCAGUUUUGCUUUUAGUUGAGAGUGAAAUGAAAAGUUCUUGUAA